AGUCAGGAACGGCGACGUGUUGCGUUUUGUGCCUGACCGUUACGUAUUACAAUGCCUGAAGAGAAGAAAGUGGUUUCGAAGAAAGGCGCUAAGAAAACGUUAAAUAAGGCUCCGGCCAAAGGCACCAAGAAGCGGAGGAAGGUGAGGAAGGAGAGUUACUCCAUCUACAUCUAUAAGGUGAUGAAGCAGGUCCACCCCGACACCGGCAUCUCCUCCAAGGCCAUGAGCAUCAUGAACUCGUUUGUGAACGAUAUUUUCGAGCGCAUCGCCGGCGAGGCUUCGCGCCUAGCCCAUUAUAACAAGAGGCUGACCAUUAGUUCCCGGGAGAUCCAGACCGCCGUGCGUCUACUUCUGCCCGGGGAGCUGGCCAAACACGCCGUGUCUGAAGGAACAAAGGCCGUGACCAAGUACACCAGCUCCAAGUAAAGGUCCGCCAUAACGUAUCGAGAUGGGGGGACAAACCCUCUCAAAACAAAGGCUCUUCUAAGAGCCUCCCACAUCUUCGUGGUAACUAAGCCUGCAUCGCUGUACUGUAUGUAUACCUUUUUGUAACAAAUGAAGGAACUUGCUGAAUCGUUCAGCUCACAGUUCAUUCCCCGUUUCGCCCUCUGAAGUGGACACUUUUUGUAAAAGGCGGCUUUAUUGAUCUGUGGUGUGUCGUGUUCUUGAUCGUGCCCAAUAAAGCGAAAUGUUGUUUCCAA